AUGGAUGAGAGAUUCGAAGAAAUUUAUAGACCUGAUGAUUAUGCAAUUCGACUAGUGGACGACAGUCGAACGUGCGAAAAGAUUAAAGCUGGAUCCUUUGGAUGUGCUCUAGGUCAUCACUCAUAUUCGUCUGGCAUUCAUCGUAUUCCAAUCAGAAUUGAUUAUGGCAGAGCAUUUUUAGGCAUUCGCUCACGAAAUACACAACCAGUGUCGGAUGAAUUUGCUUGGGGUCGCUAUGAUUGUAGUCCUUCUACGUACGGUUGGAUUCGAGAUUGUGGACGCAUUUGCAAUGGACACUAUAUAGAUCUUGGUAUGAAAAAAAUUGAAAGAGACAAUCAUGUAUUUGUGUUGACGUUGAAUUGUAAUGAACAUCGAUUGAGCAUCCUGAAUGAAAACACUAAAGAACAAGACGAAAUGAAGGAUGGUGAUAUUGACCGUGAUUCCGAGCGUUUCAAACAUUCCGAAUCUUACGAUAUAAUUGAUGAAAAACGUUGGCAUCGUCAUCCAAAUGGAACAUGCCGUCAUUUUUAUUUACAUCAUCAUGGUUCUCUUGGUAAAUAUCAUGGACUUGAUAUUUGUCGUUGUCCAUGA